AUGUCGGGAUGGGAAGCAUAUGUCAGCUCCUUCAUCUCAAUCUCGCCUGCAGUGAAGAGAGCAGCGAUAAUCACUUUUGAGGCCGGUAUCUGGGCCAAAACAGGAGGGCCAAGGGAGUUCAAGGCAACCACGGCGGAGCUGAAAAAGUUGAUCAGCGAUUUCGAUCACCCUGCCGAGGUUCUGGCGAACGGCGUCAAUCUCGAAAACGUCCACUACAUCAUCCCUAGCGCUGAUGAGAACCUAAUCUUUGGCAAGAGAGGGAAGAUGGGCUUCUUCGCCGCCAAGACUAAGACUGUCGUUAUUAUCAUCAUCUACGAAGGAGACUAUGAAGAAUCUUCCAUUGUGCGCAAAGGUAUCGAGAAAGUAUCCAGCUACCUCGUCAGCAUCGACUACUGA